AUGAGUACCGAAUCUCAAGUCUUUCCGCGACAGCGAAACUCAAGGUUUGGCUCCUCGUGGGUCCAGCCCGUUACAGAAAUAACGCCUGAGACGAUUGAAUGCUUCGCCAUCGAGAAUUUAUGCGCGCGUGUCUGGCCAGCUCCAACAGUUUUCUUCCCACUGCAAGACGAUGACGAUUCCAUCAGCUUAUUCACCAAACUUGCGCAAGGACUCGCUCGCUUGCUCUACCGAUAUCCUGUCCUCGCUGGAAGACUAAAAUCUGAUCAUCGUGGCGCCUGUCGAAUUGAGAUCUUGCCAGCGCCCCAUGCCGGCACACAAUUCUUCUUCGCAGACCUUAGUGGGGAUCAUGACUUUCCCAGCUUCGAAGAGUUGCAAAAGUCGAAUUUCCCUUAUGCCGAUGGAGAUUCGGAUGGACUGCGCGCUCUUCGACCGGACCCUUUUGCCCUGGAGAGAGAUGGGCACUCCCCUUUCAUAUCUCAGCUCUCGCGCGUACAGGGCGGUCAUAUCUUGACGUUCGCGUUCUCCCAUCAAGUAGCCGACAUGGUGAUGUAUCGAGGAAUCGUUGAGACGUGGGCCAGGGAGACUCUUGAAGUAUCCAAGGCUAAGCUGCAGGGGAGACCCAUCAGUCCCAUGCCUCCAUCUCUCUGGCGUGAGCUAUCCGACAGAGCCCGCUUUCCUGCUCAGAAAGCGAAACCUCGGGAUACAGAUGGAGCAAUGAAUACCAGCCGCGUUCUGCCGCUCUGGAUUCUUGUCGAUCCAACGAUUCUGUCCACGCUCGAAGACAUGGGCUCUAUCAUACCACUUGCAUAUUUACCACCAGCACCAUCACAAGUCGAGAUCAAUCAACGCGUCCCGAUCACGGGAAUCUGGCGAUUUUCUCGAGCUAUCGUGAAGGAUCUGCAGCAGAGUAUCUCUUCCAUAUCUCAGGGCCAGAUUCGGCUCUCUUCCAUGGACAUACUUACAGCAUUCCUCUGGGAGAGGUUCGUCACUGCCAAAUACAUGCUCUCGAGGUCGGACGCAACAUCGCGUGUGCCUCCAAAGAGCUCUUCCAUUGUUUUUGCCCUCGAUAUACGUCGCAGAGUGGACCCACCACUUCCUGAUCAGUACUUACCUGCGUGCGUAGACUUAGCACGUUGCUCAGCCCCGCUUGCAACGGAAGACAAUAGACUCAAUACAAUUGCAUCGAUGGCGGAAAAGAUUCGCAAGGCUAACGAGACAUGGAAUGAAGAGGAUCACAAGAGUAUGCUGGCCUUGACACGGAGCGCCCCGGUCUCUCCAGGGGUAGUCCCGCGAGGCCCAAUCGACCUGUUGGUCACUGACCACUCGCGCAUUCCCGAGGUGGUAUCUUCAGACUGGGGACAAGGUCUGGGAGUACCGGUCGCUGUACGCGAGCCAUAUCUCGGCCGGUCAAUUCCCACGGGCGAGAUUACUAUACUACCUCGGCGUCCGAAUGGUGAUCUGGAGGUUAUGGUCUGUGGAGAGCGGAUCGUGCUUGAGAGACUUGAGCGCGAUGCAGAAUUCGCUCGACGGGCCAAAUUGUUGUUUCUACAACACGAUGUGGUCGCGGGAUGUAGGAAGCGCCGAAUGAGGCAAAGAUUGUGA